GGCAUCAUUCAUUCCCAAAAGCUUCGUUUUAGACUUUCAACGUUAGGCUUUUUCGGAAAAAAUGAGUACCGCUAAGCAUUUUCAAAUAAUUCUUAAGGAAUUGACAAUCUCUGACAAUGAAAGGGCCGUAUAUACCAAAGAAGCCGAGGAAAUUCAAAACUAUGUAGUUGACGAACUUAAACGGGUAGACAAAACCUUUCGCCAGGUAUUCGACGGAUUCAGUCUUGGCGGAAGUUACUUGGAUCGCGUCAAGCUAAAUGUGCCCGAUGAAUUUGACCUGCACAUGAAACUAAAGUUUCCAUUUGAUAUCCGACCGAAUCGGAUAAACAGUGGGUUUGUUCAUUUAGAGGGUGAUUUCACCGUAAUCAAUCCUCAACGCAUCAAUCGUGUUGUACUUCAAGACUGGCUACGCAAUGCAUUCCGCAAGGUAUUCGAGUCUAACCAGACAGUUGCCACUACCACUAAACGAGUCUACAUAUUAAGCUAUACUCUUGAGGGGUAUGGUUGUGCCCAUACCAUUUUAGCCGUCUGUGGUACACGCUCGAUAUCUUUUGAUUUGGUACCAGCAUUCGAAUUCUCUGGAAGCCAAUGGCCGUUUGAUAUUUGUCCGUUUCCUGCUGAAGUUAGAAAUAAUUGGCCUUGGUUCGCCAUUCCUCAAAAGAAGAAGAGGUUGAGAACCACAUUUAUGGUUUGUGCACCACAUUGGGAGCGCGAAAUUAUGAAGGGCAAGGAUAAUUUGAAGAACGUUCUACGGCUGAUGAAAGGAUUGCGGGACGCUCACGCCAGCAAAUUGCCUCACUUGUCCAGUUAUAUGUUGAAAACAGUUUUGCUUCAUCGCCUCGAAAGUGCUGACUGGGAAAGAGACUUGGGCACCCUUUUGGUUGAGAUGUGGAGUCAUUUGGUGAAUCAUCUGCGCGCACGUCGCCUGGAGUUCUUUUUGGCUAAAGAUCAUAAUAUAUUCAAUCGUAUGAGUCCACAUGAAAUCAGGAAAUGUUUAGAAAACGCAAACACUCUGCUUAAAGAACUUCGUUUUGCUCAGACAUGCGGCAGCAGUUACCAUCAUGUGGCCGAACUAUUCAAUAUUCCAAAUUAAUUACAAUUUAAUUUCAGAACAAUACCGAGCCAUGCCAUUUGCAGAUAAGAAAAAGCGUACAUGCUUACAUUUGGCUCAUUCACAAGGGCGCAGAACAAAUAAUCGAAUUUAUCCGGGGCUGAAUAAGCAAAUAUCUUGCUGAAUAGCAGAACUUUUGUGUAAGAAAGAAGAAGUUCAAUCAAAAGUCGUUUCGCGCGCACAUUUCCUUGUUUAUAUUGUCCUGAACUUUGUUUAAAAAUAAAGCUAUGAAAAUAA